AUGGCAGCAGAACCCACAACCCCAAUCCGCGUCCCAAAAGCAGCAGCUACAUAUACGCCCUCGACGCAAGAUCCUGAUCUAAGACAUCAGAUAAACACCAUUUUAUUAAAAGACGGGCAUAUUUCAAAAAUCCAAGAAACGCUCCUCCACAUCCUCAACACGUCCCCCACAAACUGGCCGACGCUAAUCCAGACACACGCCCUCGCCCUACUGCGCUCCGGCGAUAUAACAACCUUCCCCCAGCUGAUGAGCCGUGUGCUGGAGGAUAUCAAGAAAGAUGUCAAGGUGGAGGAUGGCAAUGGGAGUGCGGGCUUGGGGGUUCCGAAGGGGGUCGUAGAGGAGGGACUGAGGAUUACGAGGGAGUGUCUGGAUGGGGUUGUUGAGGUUGGGGAAUAA